AUGUCAUCUUCGGGUACAAACACUACUAGUAGUAAUGUCGAUGCUAUCAAUGCUCUCCAACACAGUAAAAUUCUGUUUAUUAAAGUUUGGUGUUUCACAAUGAUUUCUUGUGGUUUUGUCGGCCAUACAUUAAGCAUUUAUGUGUUUACACGUCGAUCACUUUAUUCAAAUCCAUGUGCACGGUAUUUUUUGGCGUCGGCAAUGAUUGGUAUGGCUGUUGUCGUUAUUUCUGUACCUCUGCGACUUCUUCAAGCGGGAUAUAAUAUUGAUGCUUUUGUGAGCUCGGCUGCAAUAUGCGGAAUUCUAACUUGGUUUUUGAAUUCAAUCAAAGCUUUACCAUCAUGGAUUAUCGUACUUGCUUGUGCCGAUCGGUUAGUAUUACAAUCGAUUAACUAA